UCUGUGCUAGCAUGUGGAGACAGAGUAAGUGAGGCCAUAAACAGCUCGUGUCACACACAUUCAAAGCAGCCAGGUUGCAGAAUACCUCGUUUAUUUACACUCAUCACAGCAGCAGCAUGUCAGCCGACGGCGUGUUCAGGACCCGCUCUCUCGGUGUGGCCGCCGAGGGUCUUCCGGACCAGUACGCCGACGGCAAAGCAGCCAAGGUCUGGGAGCUGUACAUCGGAGACACGCAGAGCAGGACGCAGGAAUACAAGAGCUGGGUGGUGUCCUUGCUGAGGGAGCAGGGGGUGCGGAGAGUCCUGGAUGUAGCCUGCGGGACAGGAGUUGACUCUAUCAUGCUGGUGGAGGAGGGCUUUAAUAUGGUGAGCGUGGAUGCCAGCGACAAAAUGCUGAAGUAUGCACUGAAGUCAAGAUGGGAGAGAAGAAAAGAACCAGCUUUUGACCAGUGGGUGAUUGAAGAGGCCAACUGGUUGACGUUAUCAGAGGAUAUUCAGAAACCAGGGGCUGGCUUUGAUGCCGUCAUCUGCCUCGGUAACUCAUUUGCCCACUUACCGGACUUUAAAGGGGACCAGAGUGACCAAAAGUUGGCCCUCCAGAAUAUUGCCAGUAUGGUCAGACCAGGUGGGAUCCUCAUCAUUGACCACCGUAACUACGACUUCAUCCUAGAGACCGGCCGGGCACCACAAGGGAAAAAUAUCUACUAUAAGAGUGAUCUAACUCAGGACAUCUCCACUUCUGUGCUGUGGGUCGACAACAAACCCCAUAUGAUCACUUUGGACUACACCAUCCACGUGCCCAAAACCACCAUCCAAAAUAUUCCUGAAGUCAGUAAAUUCCGUUUGUCCUACUACCCUCAUCGUCUGGAGAGCUUCAAAGCUUUACUGACAGAGGCCUUCUACGGCAAAAUGGAGCACAGUGUCUACGGAGACUUCCAGACCUACGUCCCUGGCCAGUCCCAGGCUCCGUGCUACUUCAUCCAUGUCUGUAAGAAAACAGCCUAAGAGCCUUACCAAUCAACGGGCAACACACACACACACACUGCUUGGAAAAUAAUAGCCCUCAAUCUGCUCCUACUGUCCUCCAAAAUUGGGCAUAGUUAUGUUUGAAUAUGUUUAAAAAAUAUAUUUAAUCAGAUCUUUGUAAAAGAAAAAAAAAAUCAAUUUUUAAGAACAUGUUUUAACAAUGAUUAUUUUCUUUGGUCAGGAAAGUUGUAAUUUAUACCUGUAUGCGAGGAAUAAUAAGUUGAUUCAGAUCUCUUUUGAUUUAAAACCCAGUAAGUUACUAAAAUGCUCAAACAGCAACAGUCUCUCAAGUUAAACUAUUCUCAACUUUUAGUUUGGCUGCAGAAUCAAAAGGUCAAAGCAAGUUUGAAAAAUAUAUUCAAAAUGAUUUGGAUCACUGUUUUGCCAAAGUGCUGCUUUUGUGUUUACCUCAUUUCCUCCCAGCUUCCCGCCUUUCUGAACUGUGAUACCCGCAAUGAACAUUAAAAUGGUGCUGUUCAUUAGCAAUUUUCCUCAUGAUGGAACACUUGAUAUUAAUCACCAGUUAUGUACAAAGUGAUAAGAUAUAUUGUUAGACAAAUGUAUUUUUUAAGUUUACCACAAGGGUCUUAAAAACAAAGAUAAAGCAGCUGUGAAUAUGGUAGCCGUUCUUUUGCUUGUACUUUUGAGCUGGUAAAGGAAAAAAAUAAAAGAUAAUAAUAAUUUAAUUAUGGCCUACUGCCUUUCUUUAAGUUCGGUCAAAUCUGACACAGCAUGAUGGCAGUUUCAAUUCAUUACUUUCCUUUUAUGGGAGUCCCUCCAUGUUCAAAAAUAAUCUUAAACACCUUUCUGGACGUCACCUAAAUAAGACAAGAGAACAGCUAGUGAAGAUGUUGAAUCACCCUGACACAUUGGAAGUGCCCUUGGCUACCUCACCAAAUCCCCCCCGGCUACAGAGCUAAAUUACUUCUGACGGCUAAUAAAAUAAAAUAAUUUCUUCAAAGGCUCUUGAAAGAACAACUUCUCAUAUUUUUAAUUGUAAUUUACUUUUUUAAGUAGUAAUUUAGGUUUUGUUUAACCAUAAUCUAGUUUCCCUAAUUUUAUGGUACGAUUAAGUGUACUUUAUUUGAGCCAAAAACAGCCUUUACAUUUUCUGGUCACUUUUAAAAACGUACAGCAGGCUAGAAGUCAGCCAGAGUCAGCCAUUAUUAGUCCUAUUCAUCCAAAACCAGAGGGCAGAAUCGUUGUAGGAUUACUCAUAAAGUCAGAGACUUAAGGGUGAGUGUACUAAGUUGAUAAAAAAAAAUGCAAACUAUUGCAUUAAAGUAAUAAAAUGGAAAACCCAACAGUCUUUAAAAUUGUUAUCAACCAAAGAUAUUUGAAAAGUGUUCUUUUCUGCUUUAUCUUGGAAUGUUUUUGUAACUCAAAUGUUAUACAGUUGUGCUGCACAAGUCUCAAAUAAUUGAGUUUGCCCAAAUAAUAGGGGGAACAUGAUGAAAGAAUAAUUUAUUUUCUGUAUUAUCCAGGUUCAAAUACAUUUGCUUUGACAUACAAUUAAAAAAGUGUUGUUCACUGUAAGGAGAAAGGAGCUCUACCAGAGAUAAAUACUGCUGUUUCCCUAAACAAGAGCGCACGGUGCAUUCAAAUGUUGUGCCACUGCCUCUUGUAGAAGCAAAUGUACAGUAAGCAGAAGUGAUUGAGAUCAACAGCAGGUUCAGAAAAUUGUAAGAACGGCUAGAUGUUUGAGUGGCUUUGAAGUUAAGGUAGAGAUAAGAGUAUUUCACAACAGUCUUAUAUGUGUGCCAAAAAAGUGCAAACAUUUUGUAAUGAAAAUUGAUUACUGGAAUUCUUUUGCAUGAAAUUAAAGAACAUUUUUGAAAUAAGUAA